UGAGUAUCUGGUACAGAAUAAGCUUAAAAUUAUACAAAUCUUAUUUAUUUAUAGGCUCGCGCACGGGCCACACCACGUGGCAACACAUGACCGCGUUUUGCCAAAUGCUUGCCGCCGCAAACACGACGCACCUUUCACUAUCUUUACCCUCCACCCCGCAAACAGAGAGUACGCGUUCCUCGAUAGCACCGACUUUUCCAUGGGUUGGAUAGGCCUGGGGGCCUUGGUUGUAUCGGUCUCCUUUUUACUAUUCAAACAUCCCCUGGGGUCCUGGAAUUUUGCACAUUUACACGAAUGGCUUCGAAAUAGACGCGGCGCAUCGCCCAAUACAGUGACGAACAUUCGUUCAUCACCGACGGCACUACCUCCAUCACCUCCUGAGUCUACAUCUAUAUUGGACAGAGAGGGAUCUAAAGCUGACGAGCACCGAACAGAUCCUAUAUCAGAUGACUCGACCCCAAAAGCGACCCCGGUUCAACUCCCAUUAAUAGACGUACCGACCUUGAAUUUAGAAAGCCCUGCUGUUGUCGAAGAACGACCAAACAUCUCGUUAAAUUCUAACAACAAUACGACCCUCUCUCAGAACUGCUCCCCGUUAUUGGAUUCUCCUAUUAAGCCUUCGUCAUCCCCCGUAGCCAAGAAUGAUUCUACUAGAAAUACCCUUAUGGGCCCGCCACCCCUACCGACACUAAAAGGUCAGAGGCAAACUGCAUCCAGCUCAAUACCCAACUCUGGCUCCAUGCUACCUCCUCCACGGCCUUCUUUAAAUGUCCCACUCCGUCCUCCGCCAUCCGCAGCCUCCUCCCUCCGCGCCCCCCGACCACGAGGCCUCACAUCUAGCACACUUGCUCCGGUGCAUGUCCAAGGCAAACUACAGCCCUCUCGUCAAGUAGUACUUGAGCCAGGCCACUCACCCCUCGACUGGGCUGCAUUAACCUCCAACCCCAACCACAAGCUACGAGGGGAUAACCUUCCACCGACACUCAUCCGCGUAACACCGUCGAUGUUGAAGGCGCACAAUGGAAGGAAAGGGCGAGACGCAUGGACAUCAUACAUGGGUAAAGUCUACAAUAUAACUCCGUACCUACCGUUCCAUCCCGGAGGAAAGGGGGAGCUACUUCGCGGCGCGGGGAAGAAUUCCGAGAAGCUUUUUGCAGAGAUUCAUCCGUGGGUUAAUUGGGAUGGGAUGCUUGCGGAGUGUAUGGUUGGAAUACUAGUUAGCGAGGACUAUAAUGCGAGCGGAGAUGGGAGUCUAGAAGAGAUGGAUUGAUUGCACGACAGCACUGCUACGAGAUAUGUUUGUUUUAAUAAAUACCUUUGUAGAUUAGAUGGUUCCGGGAAUUUGGUUAUACCCUAUUUGUUUUAACUGGAGUUUUCUUGCUGAGCUAUUCGUACGUUUAUUACGCAUAUUCAGCUAUACAUCUAUUGCAUACAGGUAGAGGCAUUUGGCCAGUCACAAUCGACAGAGAAUAUCCAUGUCCUUGCUUUUAGAAUCCAUAACUGGUGUCACAAACCAAAGAGAAAAUAGCCCUUAAG